GAUCUUCUUUGCGUGUAAAUAUUGUGAAAGAUGCAGUCGAUGCUUGCGCGUUCCUCUGCGGGCGCCUCUAUUGCACGACCCAAAUGUGCAUUCAGCCGUCAAAUAGUGGCGCCUAAGCCCGCGGGCGCUCCUGUCGCGGGGCCAUCAAACUGGUCGCGCGGUCAGCUGGUGGUGGUCUCGGGCCGGCGAGCGGCGAAGAUUGCCCUGCGCAAGGGUAAAUCCGACGCCAAGAAGUCUAAGAUCUACGGGCGCAUUGGCAAGAAGAUCAUCCAGCUCGCCAAGGCCGGCGGCGCCGACCCCGCCACCAACGCGGCGCUGGACACGCUGCUGCGCCAGGCCAAGGACCUGGGGGUGCCCAAGGACAUCGUGGAGCGCAACCUGAAGCGCGCCACCGACGCCAAGCAGGGCGACUACCAGGAAAUCACGUACGAGGCCUAUGGCCCCGGCGGCACCGGCCUGGUGGUGUUCUGCCUGACCGACAACGUCAACCGCACCGCAAGCGAGGUCAAGCCCACCGUCACCAAGGCCGGAGCCAAGGUUGCUGAGCCGGGCUCGGUGCUGUUCAACUUCCAGCGCUGCGGCAUGAUUGUGGUGGACGGCACCACCGAGGACGCCGUGUUCGAGGCGGCCAUGGAGGCGGGCGCCGAGGACGUGGAGCCAGUGCCGCCCGAGGAGGACGGCGCGCCCAGCACCAGCUACAAGCUGUUUGUGCCUGUGGAGGCGUUCUCCUCCACUAAGACCGCCAUGCGCGGGCUGGGCUUCUCCGUGAACGAGGAGGACAGCGACCUCGUGUUCCGCGCGGCGGCGCCCGUGGAGGUUGACGACGAGGCGUUUGCUCGUAACGAGGCGCUUGUUGAGAAGCUACUGGAACUGGACGACGUUGACGCCGUGUUCACCAACUGCGACGGCCUGGUGGCGUAAUGAUGCGUGACGUAAUUUAUUGGGUGUGUCGCAUGUGUCUUGUUGCGGGGGUUUGGGGUGGUCACUAGACGGGUAGCGCUGCCUAACGUUUGUGUGUGUGUGUGUGUGUGUGUGUGUGUGUGUGUGUGUGUGUGUGUGUGUGUGUGUGUGUGUGUGUGUGUUAAAAAACGAAACGAAAGCCCGCCCAGACGACGCCGGAGUUACUUACGGAUACCUACCAAUUUACCGAGCGUCGCGUGGUUGCCGUCACCCAGGUAGUCAUACUUACCCGCGAUAAGCCUGUAACCCCACGGGCGACCAUUCGGCCUGACCCCGCGAUGCACCUGUAUGCGUCCAUGCUGUGUGUGUGUGUGUGUGUGUGUGUGUGUGUGUGUGUGUGUGUGUGUGUGUGUGUGUGUGUGUGUGUGUGUGUGUGUGUGUGUGUGUGUGUGUGUGUGUGUGUGUGUGUGUGUGUGCAAGACUCCCUGCGUGGGAAAUCGUGUGUGUGUAUGUAUAUGCACAUGCACGCCCCGGAUUGCGGGUGUAGCCGAUAACGCGGAUACCGUGUACGGUAUGUAUGCAUGUGCGCAAGGUUAGGUCUUAGGAGACGUGUACGGUGCGCACAAGAGUGGAUGCUGGUAAGCGCCCAAGUCAAAGAGGUGUGGUGUGUGCUGUAUAGCAAGCGCCAGACCGAGGAGGACAACGACAGCACAUUGUUUGGUGCGCUUGCAAGAAUGAAGCGAGCUGCGCUGCUGCAGUCAGAGCCGGGGCCCGGGUGCGCCAGCUGUACAUGGCGCUGUGUGGCCCGCUGGGGACAGACACGCAACUCAGGAUGGAGAGGCACGCAACUGCCAACUGUCUCGAAGGCACCUCACGGUGGGAGGGGACAGGGUGAUAGCGUGAGCGCGGCAUGCGAGUGAUGCGACCAUGCAUGUGCCGCACAUACCGUAUACGCUAAAUGAAGUUUAUUCCAAGCUACCGUAUAUUACAGCUUGUCAGGACGGUGAAGCAGAGGGGAGGAGAACGCACAGACUCACGGGCAACGGCAGAGUUUUGGUACGUGGGCCGACAGCCGUGGACUGAGCAAGACAGCCCCGCGGCUUGCAGAGUACGACGCUGGUCACAUUGCACGUGCGGAUCAGCAGAACUACCGUACAAGCCUCGAU